AUUUAUGGGCGAAGAACUUUCUAGUCUGCGAGUUGAAGAUCUACAAAACCUAGAAACUCAGCUGGAAAUGAGCUUGAAGGGUAUUCGAGAGAAGAAAGGAAACCUCAUCCGACAGGAGAAUUUAGAACUCUACGAGAAGAUGAACCUCAUUCGCAAAGAAAACGAAGAAUUGAAAACGAAGGUUUAUAAAGCAAGGGAAGUGAACGAAGCUACAAGUAGAAAUUGUAUUAAUGCUCCAUACACUAUCAGCAAAGGUUUCGAUCUGCACGCACCCCGACUCCAUCUCCAGCUAAGCCAGCCGCAGCCUCAAAGCAACGAAGUACCAGAAAGUGGAUGCCUAUCCGUCACUAUACCAUCAUUAGCAAUUUGCCGACAGAGGAAACAUCAAGCUUCAAACAGUACUGAGAUUCGACGAUCGAUAAACUAA